GCUCCUUCAAUAAAACCCCGUGACGAGGUCGAGGUCAAAAAAAAAAGGCCCUUGCUCUUGGAGUGUAUUUGGGGCCGCGCGGACUGAAUAUUGCACCUUGGGGGCUGCCCUCUUGCGGAGAUGGCGCCCGGUACCACCCCUACCAUGCGCACCACUGGCGCCCCAUCAUCGCGCUGGCAGGCGAGCGCGCAAAGCCCACAGCGACAGCCGAACGUGCAGUUUUUCUCCUUCCCGUGGCAGGGCGGGUCGUGCGCGGCGGCGCGGAUGACAUACUAUAGUGGCCCCUUCGAAAUGCCGUCGCCGGUGGCUUGACGCGGGGAUCGAUGCGCCCGCCGCGGCCGCCGCGGCGCGCGACGCGAACUUGUUUUUCGGGUGCACAGCGUCGCCGGCGAAACGGCACAAACCGCACAGGUUCCCGGCGCAGCUGUGCGAGCAGGACUUCGAAGCGUACGAGUGCAGCGUGAUCAGCGACGACACGAUGCAGGCCGUUGGCGCGGGCAUUCUCAACGAGAGCCCGCGGUCAGCCGACCCGCGGCACUAAGAGGCACGAUGCCGCCGCGACGCCGCCGCCGCCGCCGCGCACACGCGCGGUGUGCCGCCCGGCGCGAGAAACCCCCUCCCCUUGUGCUGUAAGAAGAAGACCACUUAGGCACGCGCGUAUCC